CACUUUGUUUAGAUCCAGAGAGAGAGAGAGAGCGAGAGAGAGAGAGAGGUCGAGGAAGAGGUCAAGGGUGGCAAUGGAGUCUGGGAGCUUCUUCGUGGAUGAGAAGGCAGUGAGGGUGGAGAACAUUUUCCUGGAAUUCCUCAAGAGGUUCAAGCUUAAUCCGAAUGCUGCGGAGCCGUACUAUGAGACAGAGAUCGACGCCAUGCGGGACAAGGAAUCCACCACAAUGUAUGUGGAUUUCACCCAUGUUAUGAAAUUCAACGAGGUGCUCCAGAAAGCAAUCUCUGAGGAGUAUCUCAGAUUUGAGCCAAGUUUAAGGAAUGCUUGCAAGAGGUUUGCAAUGGAGCAUAAAUCAAGUGAGAAUAGACCCGCCUUGGUCUCUGAUGAUGGUUCCUUUCGUGACAUUAACAUAGCUUUCUAUAACAUUCCUUUAUUGAAGAGAUUGAGAGAUUUGACAACAUCGGAGAUUGGUAAGCUGACAUCGGUUAUGGGGGUUGUAACUAGGACAAGUGAGGUGCGCCCUGAGCUUUUGCUGGGAACAUUUAAGUGCCUUGAUUGCGGAGGAGUCAUCAAGAAUGUGGAACAGCAAUACAAAUAUACUGAGCCCAUAAUAUGCUUGAAUGCCACAUGUUCAAAUCGUACAAAAUGGGCUUUGCUCCGGCAAGAGAGCAAGUUUACAGAUUGGCAGAGAGUUCGGAUGCAGGAAACAUCCAAGGAGAUACCUGCUGGCUCUCUUCCUCGGUCCCUGGAUGUCAUACUUCGACAUGAGAUUGUUGAGCAUGCAAGGGCCGGAGACACGGUCAUCUUUACGGGAACUGUUGUUGCGGUGCCAGAUGUAAUGGCACUAACUUCUCCUGGUGAAAGAGCAGAGUGCCGGAGGGAAGCACCACAGCAUCAGAACCCAUCUGGUGGUCAUGGAGGUGUGAGGGGUCUCCGGGCUUUGGGAGUCAGAGAUCUCUCCUAUCGCCUUGCUUUUAUUGCUAACUCAGUCCAGGUGUCAGAUGGUAGAAGAGAUGGUGAUUUUUCUAGAGAGAGGAAGAUGGAUGGAGAUGAUUAUGAUAAACAAGAAUUUACAAAAGAAGAAGAGGAGGAGUUUAGAAGUUUGAAGAACAUCCCUGAUUUCUUUAACAAACUAGUUGAUAGCAUAUGCCCUAGUGUAUUUGGUCACCAAGAAAUCAAGAGGGCUGUUCUCCUAAUGCUUUUGGGAGGUGUUCACAAGGUAACUCAUGAAGGAAUCAACCUCAGAGGUGAUAUAAAUUUGUGUAUUGUUGGAGAUCCCAGUUGUGCAAAGUCUCAAUUUUUAAAGUACACGGCUGGCCUGGUUCCCCGAUCUGUUUACACAUCUGGAAAGUCCUCAUCAGCUGCUGGGUUGACAGCGACUGUAGCUAAAGAACCAGAGACCGGGGAGUUCUGUAUUGAGGCUGGUGCUUUAAUGCUUGCCGAUAAUGGUAUAUGUUGUAUUGACGAGUUUGAUAAAAUGGAUAUACGGGACCAGGUCGCCAUACAUGAAGCUAUGGAGCAGCAGACUAUAAGCAUCACAAAAGCAGGUAUUCAAGCAACGUUAAAUGCUAGGACUUCUAUUUUGGCAGCAGCAAAUCCUACUGGUGGACGCUAUGACAAGUCCAAACCACUGAAGUACAAUGUGGCUCUGCCUCCUGCUAUACUUUCUAGGUUUGAUCUAGUGUAUGUUAUGAUUGAUGAGCCAGAUGAGCAUACUGAUUAUAGCAUCGCCCACCAUAUUGUGAGAGUUCAUCAAAAACUUGAAAAUGCACUUGCUCCAGAAUUUACCACAGCACAGUUGAAGCGUUAUAUUGCAUUUGCGAAAUCACUGAAGCCUCAGCUAAGCCCAGAAGCAAGGAAGGUGCUUGUGGAAUCAUAUGUAGCCCUUCGCAGAGGUGAUAGUACUCCUGGAAGCAGAGUUGCUUAUAGAAUGACUGUUAGGCAGCUGGAAGCAUUGAUUCGGCUAUCUGAAGCCAUUGCUCGAAGUCACUUGGAUGAAGUGGUGCUUCCUGCUCAUGUUCGAAUGGCGGUAAGGCUGCUGAAAACAUCCAUUAUCAGUGUUGAAUCAAGUGAGAUAGAUCUCUCUGAUUUCCAAGACCAAGAUGGAGAUGGCAGUCAAGGACCUGAUCAGGGCACAGAGCAAGCAACUCCUGCAAAUGGUGGACAGGAAUCAGCAAGUGAAGCUGGUGGUCAGCAGAGUGAAGCUCAACAACAGUCUGAAACACAACAAAAAAAGAAAUUAGUUAUUACCCAAGAGCAUUUUCAGAGGGUUACCCAAGCUCUGGUUAUGCGCCUGAGACAACAUGAAGAGUCGGUUAUGCAAGAUGGAAGUGGCCUGGCUGGGAUGAAGCAAGGAGACCUUAUUGUUUGGUAUGUUGAUCAGCAAAAUGCCCAAGGAGCAUAUAGUUCAACAGAAGAGGUUGUAGAAGAAGUAACAUGCAUUAAAGCUAUCAUUGAGAGACUCAUACAAAGGGAAGGACAUUUAAUAGUCAUAGAUGAUGGAAGUUUGGCAGAGACCUCAGACGGCACUAAAACUAAGAAAUCCUCCAGUGAGAACAGGAUUUUAGCAGUGGCACCAAACUAUGUUAUUGAUUGAGGCAUGCUGCAAUCUAACCCGGCAUUUGAGUUUGUUUCCGGAAAUUGGCAUUUAGCCUAGAAUUUUCGUCUCAUGGAAUUGCAGUGCUCCAUUAUUGUAUCUUCACCUGAGUUUACAAAGUGACAAAGAUAACAAAAGUUUGGAAAUCAAAUACUCCUCGAUCAUUUUUAUUUUAUUUUUUUUUUUGACAAAUGCUUGUGUAAUAGUGUAGUUUUCACUUGGUUUCUCCAAAGGCAGCCUGGACUGGAGAAGGCAUGUGGACUUUAAUUCCAUUUUAUGGUUUACGCCAUCUUUUCUAUC